UUACAACGUUUGAUGUAGUUUUUGUUUUGUAAAAGCCCAAGAUGAUAAGGGAGAAAUAAUAGUUCUUCCCAGCGGUGGCGAGAGAAAAGAGCGAGAAAUGUCGAUUGGCCUGGGGUGUCGCAGUAGCAGCAGCUUCGCAAAUGGAAAUUGCUUUUGCUACGCCCAAAGGAAGCAGAUGCCACACCGGUUUCCGUUAAUUACGUAUUCUUCCUCCUCUUCAAUUAGUAGCGACGGGGAUGCUCUUGCUUGUAACAAGACGAAUGGAGCGGUUGUCUCAGGAACGACUGCACGAGGACGGAGAUUACUCAAAAUUAGGGAAGAAAAGAGGAAAAGAGAAUAUGAUCGUCUUCACAACUAUCCAUCCUGGGCCAAAGUCCUUGAAGAUGCUUGUAAAUACGACGACGAGCUCCGAGCUGUUCUUGCUGAUAGCAUUGGCAAUCCCGACCUCAUGAGGAAAAGAGUUGAAGACAGAGUUAGGAAGAAAGGUCGCAACUUCUACAAAUCUAAAACCGGUUCUGUUCUUUCUUUCAAAGUUAGCUUUAGAGACUUCAAUCCUGUCGGUUCCUACAUAUGGUUUGAAUUAUUUGGAUCUCCAUCUGAUCGGGAUGUUGAUCUUAUCGGCAGUGCUAUUCAGUCAUGGUAUGUUAUGGGGCGCUUAGGUGCCUUCAAUUCUUCUAAUUUGCAGUUGGCAAAUCAAUCGAUGGAGUACAAUCCCCUCUACGAUGCAGAAAAGGGCUUUAAAGUGAUGCCAUCUUCAUUCCAUGAUAUAAGUGACGUUGAGUUUCAGGAUAGCUGGGGCCGUUUCUGGGUAGAUCUGGGUACAUCUGAUUUUUUUGCCAUAGAUGUGCUUCUCAACUGCUUAACUGUAUUGAGUUCAGAAUAUUUAGGUAUUCAGCAAGUAGUUCUUGGGGGCCGCCGUAUAGGUGACUGGGAAGAGGGGAUGACAAAUCCUGAUUACGGCUAUAAGUAUUUCAAGAUCUAAGUUUGUCUAUUUGUAAUUGUUGUUUUCAAUUGUUUACCAGUUUCUUUCUUUCUUUCUUUUUCUAUAAUAGAGUGCAGUCCAAUUAGACUAGAACUAAUCUCUUAAAUAUCUUUUAGAAUAUUUUUAUGUUUUAUACAUCUGAUAUAACAGAUUCGUGAAUCAGGAUUGAAAAUAAUGCGAAUUCACUUCAUUGAACUAAAGGAAAUUACACAA